CGGGAAUCGAGAGUUUCGGAGCGAGGAAUCGGCUGGGGCCUGGUUGUCUAUGUUUUUUUGGGAGAUCUGGUGGAUUUCUCUCGCUCUCCUGGAGGAAGAAGCCGGUGCCGGCGGUUGGCUCCUUGGUCUUGGCUGGAGGGCGAAGGCACGGAAGGGAUCUCGUGUGAGCGGCGCAGAGAGAGAGCUCGGACAUGUGUCAGCACAUCUGGGGAAUACAGGCUGCAAGUCCGAAAGGAGGUUUUCGGGGAUUGCGAUAUUGAUCUUUGUUUUUUUUUUUCCGCCGAGGGAUGCACUUGGCAUGAGAAUCGGAGGAUGGAAAUUGUUUGGGAGGUGCUUUUUCUGCUGCAAGCCAAUUUCAUCGUCUGCAUUUCAGCUCAGCAGAAUUCACCGAAAAUCCAUGAAGGCUGGUGGGCUUAUAAAGAGGUGGUCCAGGGAAGCUUUGUUCCGGUUCCUUCCUUUUGGGGCUUGGUGAAUUCAGCCUGGAAUCUUUGCUCUGUUGGGAAACGGCAAUCACCUGUCAAUAUAGAAACCAGCCAUAUGAUUUUUGACCCCUUUCUUACACCUCUUCGCAUAAACACAGGGGGUAGAAAGGUCAGUGGAACAAUGUAUAAUACAGGGAGGCACGUGUCUCUACGACUUGACAAAGAACAUUUGGUCAACAUCUCUGGAGGGCCCAUGACAUACAGUCACCGCUUGGAGGAGAUCCGAUUACACUUUGGAAGUGAAGACAGCCAAGGGUCAGAACACCUACUGAAUGGACAGGCUUUCUCUGGGGAGGUUCAGCUAAUCCACUAUAACCAUGAGCUAUAUACAAAUGUUACGGAAGCUGCAAAAAGUCCCAAUGGCUUGGUGGUAGUUUCUAUAUUUAUGAAAGUAUCUGAAUCAUCCAAUCCAUUUCUAAAUCGUAUGCUUAACAGAGACACUAUAACAAGAAUAACGUAUAAAAAUGAUGCAUAUUUACUGCAGGGACUUAAUAUCGAGGAACUUUACCCCGAAACUUCUAGCUUCAUUACAUACGAUGGGUCAAUGACGAUUCCACCCUGUUAUGAAACAGCAAGUUGGAUACUAAUGAACAAACCUGUCUACAUAACCAGGAUGCAGAUGCAUUCAUUACGACUGCUAAGCCAGAAUCAGCCUUCACAGAUAUUUCUGAGUAUGAGCGACAACUUCAGACCAAUCCAGCCUCUCAACAACCGAUGUAUUCGAACAAACAUCAACUUUAGUUUACAAGGGAAAGAUUGCCCAAACAAUAGAGCACAGAAAUUACAGUACAGAGUAAACGAAUGGCUGCUCAAGUAAUUAAGACGAAAGCAGGAAGAACUCUUAACCUCAGUGGAAUGCUACUACUGUGAAUUGACAUAAUACAGAAAGCCCCCAGCCUCAUUAAGUCUUCGGUCUUUGUACUUCAUAGAUGGCACACACGGUCGUGCUCCCCUCCCCCCAAAGAAAAGGAUGCCAAGUUGGGAAUUCACCUAAAUGAAAUUUAUUUGUAUGAUCGGUCAUAACAAAAUAAAAAAGGACACUAUUUACCGUUAACAUGAUUACAAUUUUGAUACUGUUUUCCUGAAACUACUAUAGCUCACCAAGAAAAGACUUCUCAAACUUUGUACAUAUGAAAUUCUUCCUCUGUACCCCUCCUCCCCUUCUUCCCCCUCCCAUCAUCCUCCCAUUAAAAAAAUUGUGGUUCACUACCGCAUCCAAGUGGAUUUGUGUUCUGUGUGCCAAGUAAUCCUUGGAAAGCUCUCAUGUCACUCUCAUUACUGGUUACUGGCAAAGCAGAACUAGAUGAUUGUAAGGGAAACUUAUUUCUGGGUCAUGAUCCUUCUGCUUAUUUAAUAAUGGACAGAUACUGAGAUAAGUUCUGUAAAUAGAUAACUUGAAGAAUAUAAAGGAAAUUGAAAUAUUUUCCCCUCAUCACAUAGCUGUAGUAGGAACUGCCAAGACUGGAAUUAAUCCAUUUUUUUCUGUUUCUUGUUUUACAAAGUUCAUACAUUGUGUUUGGUUACUGUUAACAAUUCAAAAUAAAUGUGUUUAACAAAUUAAUUUA